AUGGCCUCACCUGUGAAGCUGCCUGGCGCAGGAUUCAAGUUCCCUAGUGUCCCUUGCUCAUGGAACAAGCGCGACUCCCUCCUUUUUUCCACGAGCAUCGGAUGCAAAGCCUACGAGUCACAGUUUCUAAAUGAGCUCCACCCAGACUUCCAGUCGUUCCCUACAUACCCAGUGAUCCUGCAAUUCAAAGGCUCCUACCAAAGCAUUAUCGACUAUUAUACCACAACACGCACCCCUGCCAUCCCAGGUGUCCCCCCCGUUGACCAAACCCGCGUCCUUGAUGGCCAGCGCCACAUCCAAAUAUUCCAACCACUCCCCGCCUCUUCCACCGACCACGCAUUUGAGCUGCAGAUUACCUGUCUCGGCGUCGCAGACAAGGGACCCGCAGGAAUGAUUACUGAGACCGAAGCAGUGCUCGUGGAUACCCUCACUGGCACAAAGUACUGCCGCAUUCUACGACAAAGCUUUGCUGUUGGGCAAGGCGGCUGGGGCGGCCCGAAAAAAGAGAAGGAGACGGUAUAUGUGCCACCGAAGCGGCAGUCAGACGCGGUAUAUACGCAAGUUACAACCAAAGAGACGGCGCAUUUAUAUCGACUGAAUGGGGAUUAUAAUCCUUUACACUGUGAUGGUGUGGUGGCGAAGAAAGCGGGAUUUAAGGGGAUUAUUUUGCAUGGGCUUUGUACGUGGAACAUGAGCGCACACGCGGUGGUGAGUACAUUUGCAGGAGGAGAUGGGAGAAGAUUGAGGGAGUUUCAGGCUAGGUUUAAGAAGGUUGUGUAUCCGGGAGACACGCUGUUAGUAGAGAUGUGGAAAAUGGGGAGAGAGAAUGGGUUGCAGGAGGUGUUGUUUAGGACGAGCGUAGAAGGACAGGAGGUGUUGAAUAACGGGAGGGCGCUUUUGUCUAUCGAGAGUGCGGCAACAAAGCUGUGA